UGAUGUUAUCUGUCGAGUCAAAUUCCUAAGUUUUAUACGGACACGCGAAGAAAACGGAGCCAUUCUUGACCAAAGAAGUCACUUUUGGUACUCUGGAGAUGCCCGGCGAAAAGAAUGAAGAAGCAUAGGAUCCAAUAUCUUGCAUUUGGGCGCUCUCCAACACCCCAUCUCUACUAUGAGUCCGGCAUUGAUCUCUUCUGAAGUGCAGAGAGCUCCGCAUGGCAGAAUCUAGCCUCGGAUUUGAAAGCGGGAGGAAGAUGAAAAUGCUAGUACCCAGCCGAAUCUUGAAGCUCCCCUCAGCAUUCCGCAGAGAAAUAAGCGUAUGUUUCACCCAUUAUUCUUUCUUUUUUUCAACCAUCCUACCCCACGGAGGAACAGCACUCCCAUUCUCAUCCUCUCCAAAAAAGUUUUUGGGAUAUUUUAAGCUAUUCCGCGCCAGCAGAAGAUCUCACAUCGGCUGGACUACCAACCAUUUCCUCUCCAUUUGGUACGCUCUCACCCUCUUAGAAGCAGAAAGACAUAUUCCGAAACUCCUCCCACUUUUCGUCUUGUCGCUCAAAGCCGCAGAGAGCAAGACACUGCUUCGAUCGAAUUUGAGGCCGUCAGGCGCCAGCCAGACCCAUUGUUAGGAUCGAAGACUUCUUUGAGAAUCAGCGAGCAGCGAGUGAGUACUCGCCUCUACGCA